UUUUAAAGCCGAUAUAGCAUUAUAUUUUUCAGGGAUGUGGCCACACUGAUUAUAGGGGAAUGCUAUUUAUUAUUAUAUUUACUAUACAACACUGGUUAAUAAUUAUUUGUGAAGUAUUCGUAUGAGCCGCGAAUUUGUUAAAUUUUUCAAUUACUGUAACAAUAUAGAAAUAUGGCAUACAUAGUCAGCAAUACGCAUAGUUUUAAUCCAUCCUUGUGCAGGACAUGCCAACAAAGUACCAAUAUCAGUAGUCUUCAUUCAUUAGAAGAAGAAAUAGAAAAUAGUCUAUCUCUCGGAGACAUGCUACUGGAAAUAGCGCAAAUAAAUAUUAAAACAGACUGUUAUAAACACUUACCAAAAUAUGUUUGCAGUGACUGCCGUGAUAAACUUAAAAAUGCCCACACAUUUGCAGUUCAGGCGCAGAAAGUAAACAAACAAUUCAUUGAAUACUUGGGGAGUCAGUAUAUCAAGCAAGAACCUGCUAUUGAAAUAGAUAGUGUAGAUAUCGAAUCAGAGGUUCUAAAUGAAUCUGAUUAUGUUGACAUUAAUAUAAACUCUUCAACAUAUGAAAAAUAUAUUGGGAAGAGAAAUUUAGAAAAAUUGUCAUCUGUGAAAAGCGUGGAAGAGUCUUUUUUAAAUGUGAAUAAUGCAACAGACGAAUUUAUAUUACCUAUAAGACGUAAUGAAAUAGCGUCUUUUACUGUUGGUUCAACAAAAGUACCUGUAACGCACAUUCCGCUUGAUAGGAAUAAGCAUACCUCAUGUUUGGAAAUUAAAAAAAAAGAUUCAAGAACAAACAGAUUGAAGAAAAAAUUGUUGCCAAAAAUUGAAAGUCUAGAAAAGAUGAUCGAUACGCAAGCAACCACUAUUAGUGAAAUGAAAAUGAAUUUUGAAAGUUUAUUUAAAUACUAUAAUAUAAAGGAAAUUCAAAAAAAUAACUUCGACACUAAUAAUAUCUCAGUGUAUAGUUUUAAAGUGAUAGACAGUUCUCAAGAGCUAAGAGAACUUGAAGAAAACUUAAAUGAUUCGAAAUACAAGGACUGGUUAAUUACCCAUCUCUCUUCUGUUUGUGGAGUAGAUGGUAUGUUAGAUGGUAAGAAUUGUGCUAAUGAGCUGGUCGAUUAUAUGUUUUCAAAGGAAUUACUAACAAAGUACUCAUUAUUGGAUGAAUGCAGAGAAAAAUAUAACUCUAUUACAAAUUGUGGGAUUAAAACAUAUAAAAACGUUUAUGGAUUAUUUUUCACUGUUAUUCAAAAGGCUGAUAUGACUUUCUCUUUUCAAAAGCAGGAUGAAUUUUUUGAUGUGAUUUUAAAAAAUAAAAAAGCUUGACCAGCCGCUAUAAUGAAAGUUGGUGGCGUAGUUACGAAAGUAACAAAACAUAAGCUGAGACUUGAAAAUCUUAUCAAUGAAAAGAAGCUUUAUAGCAGUCUAAGUGAAGCAUAAGUUGUAAGUUCAUUGCAAGCGGUUCAAAGGAAGGAGGAAUAUAUUUCAGUAACAUCUGAAAACAUCUGAAAGUAGUAAUUAUUAGGUAUGUAUUCUGUGCUUAAAAAACCAUAAUGUACAUAGUUAAAUAUAUCAUUAAGACAAUUAUCGUAUAAGCUAAUAAAAUACUAGUACAUUAUUAUG